AUGGAAAAUGUGACAUGUCGCCCUGGCUUUUAUCUUUACGGUCAUAUCGAUCAGCAGAUUGAUUACGAUCUGUAUAACCGUGAUUUUACAGUACUUAUUUCCCAGCUCUCAGUCCUAUAUUCUUUUGACGAAGUUUUUGUUAAUUUCUAUGAACACGAUGAUCAAAAAGCAGCAAAAUACCUUAAAGCGAUGAAUAAACAACCACAGGUUAAUAAGAAAAGGAUAGCCGACACAACAGGGCCAUUCCCCGUCAAUUAUUUCUCCAACAUCAAUUUUUAUCCACCUUUUUCCUUGUCGACAUUUGGUACUGUCCAAUAUUAUUGUACCAAUACCUUCGCCAGUCAGGAACCUAUAAAUUACUCAGUAGAUGUUUUACAAUCGCCAAUGUGCGCCGCUCAAAGUGUAGUGGUUCAACAACAGCAACGAUUCUCAGACAUAUACUCUGAUUUACAGGAUUCUGGUUUUGCAUUGACAAAGUCACCUCAAAUUAGCGACACUUACAAAUUCGUUGUUCCAAUGAACGAAAAAUGA